AUGGAUAUUACGGUAAAUUGCGACGUCGAAAGUACCUUUCCCAUAAUAGCUAUCGUAAUAUCAAGUAUAGGCGUAUUAGUUAUAGGGUAUCAUUUGGAUAAUUUGCAUGUCAACUACUUUGGUGUCGAUUAUAAAUUUAAUAUGGUUAUAUGUGGGCUGCGUGAUGAUGAAAUCAAAUACUCGAGGGCACCACAUGGGAUGAGUUAUAUCACGGUAUUAAUAUCAUUGACGUUAGGAGCAAUCCUAAUCGCGUGCUCGUUUCUAUAUACAUUCAAACCGAUAAUUCGGUUACAAAUUAGAUUCAAUAAUUCAACCAAUUCUCAUGAUUCACCUUCAAUCAAUCCACAAAACAUUAUAGUUGGAUGGUGGUAUAUGACUACGUCGGGUUUGAUCGCUAUUUCUUACUUCAUAUUUUGUAUAUUAAAUACGACAAAAGGCCCUAGAAUAUUUUAUGACCCAUUAUCAAAUUCAAUCGAUUACAUUCAUAGGACUUUAUUCAUCCUAGAUGUUUCCAUGCCGCCACCUAAAUGCUUUUUAAAUUUUGUCAAGUCGAAAUUCCUUCCCAGGGAUUUAUUUAUUAUACCGAAUUCUAGCGUUAAUUCUUUUGAAGAUUUUGUUUUAGAAAAUACCACUACCAAUCCUGAUAAUACUAAUUCUAAUAUUGUUUUCAACAAUCAUGGGGAUGUUUAA